AUGUCAUUCGAAAGGGUACAACACUUCCUGAAAAUUCAUUUUCCAGUCUGCAUUUUUUUGCGUCUGACAAUGAACGGAAAAACCAUUUCAACGAAAGAACUUGAAUUAGCGCAAAGACGAACUGAAUGGAAAUCCGUAUAUACCGUCGGAAUUCUUCUUUUAUUUCUCGGAAUGCAGCUCAGCAUUUAUUUCACAUCCACGUGGCAAUAUUUGUCAGAGAGUGACGAAACAGCUACGGUGGACUUUUUUGGUUAUAUACUAGCGCUGAUGGCCUUAUCAACGGCUCUUGCGAAUCCCGUAUUAGGAUAUUGGAAUCAAGUAAGCGAAUCAACGAGGAACCCAUUAUUUUUCGCAUAUGGCGUUGCUGCUUUAGGAAACUUCAUUUAUGCGCUCUCCUAUCUAGCAAACCCUUAUGCAAAAUGGGCCAUGCUGUUUUCUCGUAUUCUCUGCGGAAUUGGUCCGGGAGCUUUAGGUGUGCUUCGCUCAUUUGUUGCCAAUGCAAGCACAAAGGAAGAUCGAAUGCGAGCUGUAUCUCUGACAAACUCCGGAUUCACUUGCGGAUUCUUUCUCGGCCCAACCAUUCAAAUCGGUUUCAUUCCGCUUGGAAAAGAAGGAAUCAACGUCGGCUUCAUGAAUUUCAACAUGUACACCUCGUGCGCUAUUUUCAUGGGAGUCGUCAGCCUUUUAGCAAUCGUUCUCACCUAUUUUUUCCUCGAAGAGAAUUAUAUUGGAAUAGUGAGCAGCAAAGAGAAGACGAGUGAUCCAUACUUUGUUCUUCCCAAAUAUGACCGUCUGCCGGCUGUCUUCCUUUUCUACGUUUGGUGGUUGAUGUGUGGCGUCGUUUGCGUCGAAAGCAUGGCUGCUCCAUUGACAAUCGCAAUGUUCAAUUGGAGCCAUGAAACUGCCGUGUUUUACAAUGGACUCAUUCAAACAGUAUCGUGCACCUUCACAUUUCUCAUCAAUUUUUUGAUUGCUUCCACAAGACUGAAGAAUGUAGAUCAGCGUGUCAUUACGAUGGCCGGCCUAUUGUUCUUCCUCGCAUUUUUCACAAUCCAUAUGCCAUGGCCAUUUUAUCCGGGACCAUUGGAUCGUCCUAAUAAGAAAUUGAAUAUGACUGCAGGCGAAGAGGUUAUCAUCGAUGGAUUGUGCGAUUUUGAUUGGUGUGAUUAUACACCAAGAGUACCUAUAGGAAUCUAUUUGUUUAUCACCUCAGUUGUCAUUGGAUGCGGAUUUCCAUUGAUCGGAUCAGGAUCAAGUGCGCUUCUCAGUCAGAUUCUUGGACCUCGAAAACAGGGAGUUGUACAAGGAUUAUUCGCUUCAACAGGAUCAUUCUCGCAAUUUUUCGUCUCAUUAUUUUCAACGCGACUUUUCGAAAUGAGCGGCUAUAAAUGGAUAAUGUUUUAUCAUUUCUCUGUUGUCUCACUGGCGAUUCUCGGUGUUGCUCUGCUGUGGAAACGAUUGGUCCCUCUCAAAAUGACUCCGAAACAAGGGCAGGCAACCAAAUACAAACUUGGAACAUUCUACAGAAUGUAG